CACAUGAUUUUAUCCGAUUGAUGCACCAAUUUCCCCCGGGAUUGGUUAAUUUGAAGGACUCCUUUUCUUUUACUUCUUUACAAAAUAGGAUUCAAGCAAAAGUAAACAAAAACAUAAAACGUCAGUGUGUAAGAGAUAUAGUUAAAAGAUAAUCAAAAUGUGGAAUUCGAAUCAGUUCACACCGCGACGAUUUUAUUUGGGACUAUUAUUGAUUACUAUUUGCGCGGUGCUGUCUGAGAACGUAUGUGCAGGGUCCACAGAUCAAUCGAAUGUUGAAAACACGCAUCGACAGGACGGCGGAGCCAUGCAAACUUUACAAAAAAGGCCCGCCUUCUUUGUGGGAAGUCGCUAUGGACGAUCUAGCGGCAAUGCUGUCACUAGCGGUGGGGCGACUAGCCUGGGAAGCUCGAAAACGCGACGUCUCAUAAUAGUACCACGAAAUGAUCGUUUUUUUCUUGGCUCUCGAUAUGGAAAACGAAACGGCGAGUACUUGUCCCCCUACGAACAGAACAGUCUAAGCCUGGCCCUCAGCAAGGACUCGUCGCAGGAUGAGGAGCAACAGACAACAAACACCAACAGCAGAUUACGUCCAUCCCUUAUGUCGUGCGUGUACACAGGCAUCAGCAAUUACUAUCGUUGUAAAGACAAUGACCAUCACUCUGACGUUGGAGAAAGUCUCGAUUCCACGAGCAUGGCAGAAGGUGAUGCAAACAACGUCAUAAACUGAGGAAAGAAAUCAUAAAGAACAAAGAAAAAUGCUAGCGAUUGAUUGACAAACAUUCAGAGCUUGUAGUGGCACAUGCUUCUAUGACAUUUAAUACGAUUCUUGCUAUCCAAUGGCUUUUCUGCGAUUUAUUUAAACUUAUAAGCAAAAGGUAUUAAAACUUAUCAAAGGGGCUGGAAAAAGUUUUAAUAUUUAAUAAAUUCCAACUGUAGUCUUUAGAUAGAUACCCAAUGUCCAUGUGGCAUUAAAAUAUGGGCAGCUAUCUACACUAUUUAGUAUGUGUCGAAUCAAAAUUGUUUAAUAUUUUGAAAUCCGAAUUAGCGC